AUGGAGUCGGCGGACGGGGCGGCGCGGACGCUGCCCAGCAGCAGGCGGCUGUCGCGGGGGCUGCCGUUUGGGCGGGUGCACGGGCGGUUCGGGCUCAGCCCCAGUAGUCGGCUGCUCCCGCCGGCGCCACGCUCCCAGGAAAACGCAGAUCCCCAGAGAACAGCAUUUCUACUGCGCAAGCAGUGGACCUUAUACAGUGUGACCCCUCUGUACAGAUUCUCUAACACUCACCUGAGGGGUUAUGCUAGACUGCUUAGUGCCUUUAUUGCUGCCGAGAAGCAGAAAGGAUUGGCGGUGGAAGUAGGGGUUGAGCUGGACAUCAAAGUGGCUGUCUCCAGCCUUCCAGACCUGAAAGGUAGUGACCAAGACCAGGCUGCGAUUCUUGUGCAGCUUUCUUCAAGAUCACCAGCUUCCCCAAAAAACUCAGAAGAGAAACUGAUAUGGUCAGGCUGGUUCUGCAGUGUGUCUGGAGAUGAUCUUUCCCAGAACGUGCCAGAGGACUUCACUUGUUUACCUUUGUUUCUUGCUAAUGGGGCAGAGUGUUACACAUCCAUUGUUGGAAGUUGGUUUCAGAAGACUUUUGACUGCUGCUUCCGCCGUUUAGCCAUCAGCCCUCUCAAUCUCAGUUGGAUGGCAGCUAUGUGGACUGGAUGCAAAGUAGACAAAACUGCAUCUGCCAUGGAACUCGUUUUCUCUGUCCCCCAUCUGCCCCAGCCUCUGGAUAUUUCAUAUGCCAUUCAUCCAGAGGACGCAAAAGCUCUGUGGGACACAGUCCAGAAAACUCCAGGAGAGAUCACACAAGAAGAGGUAGAUGUCUUUAUGGACUGCCUUUACUCUCAUUUCCACAGACACUUUAAGAUCCGCUUGUCAGCUACAAAACUGGUGAAAGUUUCUACAGCAAUUGCCUCAGCACACUGUGAUGGGAUUAUAAAGUUUCUACAAAGCCAAUACCUAACUGGAGUGCUGAUGCUACUGACAGAACUAGCAAUCUCUCAGAUACAGUGAGAGUCAUUUCAGCAAAUCUUCAUGCUGAAGAGGCUUACUGUUGGAAGAUGUAUGCUGAGAAACCCAUUUGAAACUCACUCCUGCAGCAUCUUCUUUUCCUUUUGUGCUGGCUGUCCAAAGUUGGACUCUAACUCCUGCACUAACUCUGUAACUAGCUGUAAUUCACCAUCAUGCACAGCAAAGACAAGCAGACAUUUUGCCCUCAAGAAGGGCUACAGUACAAACUUCUAAUAGCUUCUUAAGCACCUUUGUUUUAUCAUAAUCACUCUGUUCAUUUAUGUGUAGAUAUCAGCCAGGGGCUAGGAGAUAAGCUUUGCAAAUUCUUGGAUGCAACUUACUGACAGGUAUUUCUGUUGUUUCAAAUAGCAAGUUGGGUUUCACUUAACUAGAUAGCCUAAGCUAUACAGACCUUAGCUUUAGCUAAACUGUGACUAUUCUUGGGCCAGUCUAAAUGCAAAGUCAAGCAUACCUGAGAAAGGGUGCAUGCUCUACAACCCAGGGCAGAAAAAUCCAGGUUUCUAACUUCCUUUCUAGCUUGCUAAGACCAGUUGGUAAUUGUCAUAAAGUGUUCAUCUAUGUCCCAGUUGGGCUAAGGUGAACAGCAUGAGACUGAUGAACUGCUUUGUGUGUCCAGCCUGUUGGUCCUCUUGGACAAGUUAAUCCAUAGGAAAUUGAGGUCUAUGUAUAAGUUAGGUAUUUACUAUGCUUUGCCUGAUGUUUGUUGUCUUGGAUGUAAUCUUGUAGGCCAGAGAGCUCUCAGGGUUGGAGCUAUGGGUGCCAGAAUUUCAUACUAGAUCUCUCCCUUCUACAGCAGGUAGGAGUUCAGAAGGGCUAGUGCAUAGUGCCAGGCUAUAGCUUAAACAAGCAGAAAGGAAGUAGAGUAAGUGCAUGCUAAGUGUUAUAAUUUUUGUAUUACAGUACUAAAUAAAGAAAAUAUUUGCCAUCUUUUGCCAACAGAUUGGUCUUGAGCCAAGUAAAGACCACCUAUGCCUGAUUAAA